UCAGUCUCAGUCGCCGCCGCCGCACCCGCGUCGUUUUCCUGCCGCUUCUCGUCCCGCUCCUCCGCGCCGCGGCCCCGCUCUCAGCUCGCCAUGGAAGAGGAAAUCGCCGCGCUGGUCAUCGACAACGGCUCCGGCAUGUGCAAGGCCGGUUUCGCGGGGGACGACGCGCCCCGCGCCGUGUUCCCCUCCAUCGUGGGGCGCCCCCGGCACCAGGGCGUGAUGGUGGGCAUGGGCCAGAAGGACUCGUACGUGGGCGACGAGGCGCAGAGCAAGCGCGGCAUCCUGACGCUCAAGUACCCCAUCGAGCACGGCAUCGUCACCAACUGGGACGACAUGGAGAAGAUCUGGCACCACACCUUCUACAACGAGCUGCGCGUGGCGCCCGAGGAGCACCCCGUGCUGCUGACCGAGGCGCCCCUGAACCCCAAGGCCAAUAGGGAGAAGAUGACGCAGAUCAUGUUCGAGACCUUCAACACGCCCGCCAUGUACGUGGCCAUCCAGGCCGUGCUGUCGCUGUACGCGUCGGGCCGCACCACGGGCAUCGUGAUGGACUCGGGCGACGGCGUCACGCACACGGUGCCCAUCUACGAGGGCUACGCGCUGCCGCACGCCAUCCUGCGCCUGGACCUGGCGGGCCGCGACCUGACCGACUACCUCAUGAAGAUCCUCACGGAGCGCGGCUACAGCUUCACCACCACGGCCGAGCGCGAGAUCGUGCGCGACAUCAAGGAGAAGCUGUGCUACGUGGCCCUGGACUUCGAGCAGGAGAUGGCCACGGCCGCCUCGUCGUCGUCGCUGGAGAAGAGCUACGAGCUGCCCGACGGCCAGGUCAUCACCAUCGGCAACGAGCGCUUCCGCUGCCCCGAGGCGCUCUUCCAGCCGUCCUUCCUGGGCAUGGAGUCGUGCGGCAUCCACGAGACCACCUUCAACUCGAUCAUGAAGUGCGACGUGGACAUCCGUAAGGACCUGUACGCCAACACGGUGCUGUCGGGGGGCACCACCAUGUACCCCGGCAUCGCCGACCGGAUGCAGAAGGAGAUCACGGCGCUGGCGCCCAGCACCAUGAAAAUAAAGAUUAUCGCACCGCCGGAGCGCAAGUACUCGGUGUGGAUCGGCGGCUCCAUCCUGGCGUCGUUAUCGACCUUCCAGCAGAUGUGGAUUAGCAAGCAGGAGUACGACGAGUCGGGCCCGUCCAUCGUGCACCGCAAGUGCUUCUAGGGGCCGCGGCGCCGGCGCCUGCUGCGGGGGCGCCUCGUGGAACUGGAACAGCCUUUGGAAGACGCGUCCUCGAAGCCUGUCCCCGUCAGCACUGGAGCGUGGAACUUGUUGCUGAUCUUGACCUUGUAUCCGAAGUUACCUGUUUCCUUGGUAUAUGUUUCGAUUCCCUGUACAUACCUUUGGUUUAAGUCACCUCCGCCCGUGGCUGGGGAGGUGCGGCCGUGGAGAGCCCGGGGGCCGCGGGCCGUGCGGGGCGUGGGCGCGGAGCCGGGCUGCUCCGGGGUCCCCAGAGGCCGCCCAGCGCGCGGAGCCCUGGGGCCCAGUUUCCUUCCUUACCUGAUGUUUUCCCGCCGGAACACCGUGGCUCGCUGCUUGCCCCGAGGUGGAAAACGGUUCGCAUUUACACCUGUAAAUUUAUUCAUCCUUUAAUUUAUGUAAGGUUUUUUGUACUCAAUUCUCAAAUCUUUGAGAGAUGACAACAAAGUUUGGUUUUCUACUGUCAUGUGAGGACAUUAGGUCCCAGCAACACGUUGUCGUGUAAGGAAAAAUAAAAGUGCUGCAGCAAAAAAGA